AUGGCCUUCACAGACCUGCUGGACACCCUGGGUGGCGUGGGCCGCUUCCAGCUCAUCCACACGGCGCUGCUGCUGCUGCCCUGCAGCCUGCUGGCCUGCCACAACUUCCUGCAGAACUUCACGGCUGCCGUGCCCCCCCACCACUGCCAGAGCCCCCCCAAUCACACCGCGGCCACCGCCAAUGACUCGGGGGCCUGGUUGAGGGCCACCAUACCCCUGGACCGAUUUGGGGUCCCUGAGCCAUGCCAGCGCUUCACCGAACCUCAGUGGGCCCUCCUGCACCCCAACACCUCCGUCCCUGGGGCAGCCACGGAGGGCUGCAAGGACGGCUGGGCCUACGACCGCAGUGUUUUCCCGUCCACCAUCGUGAUGGAGUGGGAUCUGGUGUGUGAGGCCCGAACCCUCCGAGACCUGGCUCAGUCCAUCUACAUGGCCGGGGUCCUGGUGGGUGCGGCUGUGUUUGGCAGCCUUGCAGACAGGCUGGGCCGCAAGGCCCCGCUGGUCUGGUCGUAUUUGCAGCUGGCGGUGUCUGGGGCCGCCACGGCCUACUUCAGCUCCUUCGGGGCCUACUGUGCCUUCCGGUUCCUGAUGGGCAUGACCUUCUCCGGCAUCAUCCUCAACUCCCUCUCUCUGGUUGUGGAGUGGAUGCCCACCCGGGGCCGCACCGUGGCGGGGGUCCUGCUGGGCUUCUCCUUCACGCUGGGCCAGCUCAUCCUGGCCGGCACGGCCUACCUGAUCCGCCCCUGGCGGUGGCUGCAGUUUGCCGUCUCUGUCCCGUUCCUCGUCUUUUUCCUGUAUUCUUGGUGGCUUCCAGAGUCCUCCCGGUGGCUCCUCCUGCAGGGCAAGUGCCAGCUGGCGGUGCAGAACCUGCGGAAGGUGGCGGCCAUGAACGGGCGGAAGGAGGAAGGGGAGCGGCUGACCAGGGAGGUGGUGAGCUCCUUCAUCCAGAGCGAAUUUGCAAGCGUCCGCACCUCCAACUCCAUCUUGGACCUCUUUCGAACCCCAGCCAUCCGCAAGGUCUCCUGCUGCUUGAUGCUGGUCUGGUUCUCCAACUCCAUGGCUUACUACGGCCUGGCCAUGGACCUGCAGAAGUUCGGGCUCAGCGUCUACCUGGUGCAGGUCCUGUUCGGGGUCAUAGACAUCCCGGCCAUGCUGGUGGCCACCACCACCAUGAUUUACGUGGGCCGCCGGGCCACGGUGGCGUCCUUCCUCAUCCUGGCCGGGCUCAUGGUGAUCUCCAACAUGUUUGUGCCAGAAGAUAUGCAGACGCUGCGCACGGCCCAGGCCGCGCUGGGCAAAGGCUGCCUGGCCAGCUCCUUCAUCUGCGUGUACCUGUUCACAGGAGAGCUGUACCCCACGGAGAUCAGGCAGAUGGGGAUGGGCUUCGUCUCUGUCAACGCCCGCCUGGGGGGCCUGGCGGCGCCUUUGGUCACCACCCUCGGGGAGUUCAGUGCUGUCCUCCCACCCAUGGGCUUCGGGGCCACCGCUAUCCUGGCCGGGCUGGCCGUCUGCUUCCUGGCUGAGACCCGCAACAUGCCCCUGCCAGAGACCAUCGAGGCGAUGGAGAGGAGGUGA